AUGGCUGCAUCUAAAGAAGUAAAAUCGUCGUUAAUCGACUUCAUGCGCGGUCAUCCAUCUACUUCUCUGCUAGCAACCUCUGAAAUGCUUGCCGCUGCAAAUGCGGUGCUGGGUAGUUCCGAAUUACCUCAGGAUUCUUUCGAUAAGGAUAGACAUCCAUUGCAUUAUGGACCCGAUUUAGGAAACAUCUCCUUCCGCCGCGAAAUCGGCAUUUGGUCUGCCGCUCGCUACGGCUUAAACGCUCCAACGGACCCAGAGAUGAUAAAUCUCACUUCGGGUGCUUCGAAUGGUCUUUCGAAGGCAUUGGAGUUAUUCACAAACCCUAUUGGCGGGUAUACACGCAGAGCUUUUAUUCUGACACCGGUCUACUUUCUCGCCUGUCCUGUUUUCCAAGACUCUGGCUUCGCAAAUCUCUUGACUGCCAUUUCACUCACCUCCUGUGGCACAUCCCUUGACUUCCCAACUCUAAUCUCAGAAUUAGAGUCCUCCUCCUCCUCACCCCAAAAAACAUCCCUAGAAGAAGCAACAUCCCCCAUAAAAUCUGUGGUGCCAAAACCCCUCUACCGCCACGUUCUCUACUGCGUCCCCACAUUCUCAAACCCCACGGGAACAACCCUCUCCCUCGAAUCCCGCACCCAAUUAGUAAAACUCGCGCGUGAACAUGAUAUGCUACUAAUCACAGACGACGUCUACGAUUUCCUCGACUACCAAAAUUCUCCUAACCAACCCCACAAAACGGCAAUAAAAAGACUAGUCGACAUCGAUCGUGAAUUAGGUGUUAAAGAUGAUGAAAAGGGUCACACACUCUCCAAUUGUUCGUUUUCGAAAAUAUUGGGUCCUGGGGUGAGGUGUGGAUGGGUUGAAGGGGCAACAAGUGUUCUUGCUCAAGCGAUGGGGAAGAGUGGAGCGAAUCAUAGUGGAGGGGCACCAUGUCACCUUUCAAGUACGAUUAUUCAUAGGUUGUUACUGGAGACUGGUGGGAAGAAAAGGGUUAUAGAUGAUGUGAUUGGGAAUAUUUGUGUGGCGUAUAAGAGAAGAGCUGAAUUGUUGAAAAAACUGAUAAAGGAACAUUGGCCAGAGGGGACGGAGGUACAAGGUGGUGAGGGUGGUUACUUUGUAUGGGUGAAGUUACCGGAAGGGUAUGAUGCUAGAGAUGCUGCGAAGGUAGCGCUUGAAAGAGGAGUGAGAGUUGGUGAAGGUGAUGGAUUUGAAGUUCCCGUCGUGAAGGGGGUUGGGGAGAGGAAUGUUAUGGGAUGGGGUGGGAGAUAUUUGAGGUUGUCGUUGUCAUAUUUGGAGGAAGAUACGAUUGCGCAGGGAAUUAAGGUGCUCGGAGAGGCUAUGAGGAAACCAAAUUGA